AUGUCUUGCAGGCAUAAGGUUCUAGUAAGUGAGCCAUCAAGAGUGGCCAGGCACACGGGCUAUCACCGACCAGAUAGGGCAGAAAGAGCACAAGCAUCUGGCCACGCGCAGGACGCGACUUUUGAUGACUCGGACUAUCCAGGGCCGCUAGUGUUAUCAAACGACGAGAUUGAUGCGGACCCUGAGUACCCUGCGCAGAGCCUGAAAGACUGGCAAACCUUAAUCACGCCAAAGUCUUUGCCAUCAGAAAGGAAGAAAAUAUAUGUCGCGUCUCCACCUUCGCAAACGCAUGCCUUUGCGAGUAUCGCCGCAGAGCAGGCUAUACAAACUCAUACCCCGCCGCCGAGAUUUGCAGAUAUCAUGGUAUAUCUUACCGCAUUCUAUCAAGGCUUUGAAGUUGCCGAGCUUCCGUCGUACACUCUGACUUUCGACAAGUGGGGCGAAAGAGACACCGAUCAGCAAAUUAAAACCUGUGUCGCCUUGAACACGCCUGAAGAAAGCAUACGAAUUAGGAAACGGCCCAUCUCAAACAAAGUUCAUCUAUCACAACUAAAUCUCAAUGACCUUCUGGAUGUCGCUAUUGCCGUCCUUCCAAGCGAUGCUCUUGCUUUGAUCCUUCUGAUGGGCUUUGACUUGUACGAAGAUGACGACGACGAAUUUGCCUGUGGUCGCGCAUAUGGUGGCAGUCACGUCUGCGUCGUCUCAAGCUUUCGAUACAAUCCUUACCUCGACAAAGAGCUCGGAAUCGAUCGCAGUCAUAUUUGGCCAGCAAGUCAUUGUGCGCGAUACGUGAACGCUGAAGUCGACAAGUACAUCGAGAAAGAAUCAACAUAUGGCAAGCGAAAGCGUGAAUCUGCCAUCGAUAGCUCCACCACCACUCUUGGAUCACCUCUAGCGCAAGCAGUCGCGGCGUGUGGUCCUCAAUCAUUCCCCUCGCUGUGGCUAGAACGUGUCUGUCGCACUGCAAGUCAUGAGAUUGGUCAUUGUUUGGGUAUCGAUCAUUGUAGUGCUUCCAUAGCAGAGGAUCUUCGACAACCGCCAUAUCUAUGUCCAGUUGAUGAUGCGAAGCUUAAUGCUUUAAUAGCAGCACGUGGGGACCGCGAGAAAGCUAGUACAGCAAUGCGAGAAGAUGCCUUGAUUGAGUAUACGCAACAGUAUCAGAGCUCCGGUGCUACCUACUUCAUCGCCUUCCAAGCGUGGCUGAUAGCUAGGAAGGAGAUGAGAGAGGAAGUACUCAGUCGUCACAAUGCAUCGCAAAUGGAACAUCACGAGCAAGUUCGUGCUCCAAAACAAGACGCUGUAGGAGGAGUCGACGGCUCGCAUCCCAAGCUUGAUCAUUGGAGAUCCUUGGAAGGAUUCCUGACGUCAGCCCGCCUGACCCCAUCCAUACCUAUUGAGGGGAACAUUCAGCGACAGUUUCCUCUAGGCAGCAUUAUUAACAAUCGCUUAUCUGGCUUCGAACAAACGAUUGAUGAAGCUUUGAGUAGAUAUUAUCGCAUCAGCGAGUCUGUCAAGAUGACGACGUGUGGAUAUCUCCUGUGGAAAGCGCUACUGGCUGUCGCUCUGCUGUCGGCGCUGUACUCCAUCUGCUCGCCGUGGCGGCUCGCCUUAGAUCUAGGAUGUACGCAAGGAGAGAUGCUGGACGACUAUCGGAAUAUUCCACCAAGCAGUAAGCUCGAAUGGUACCCUUGCUUUGAGGACUUUCUCUGCGCCAAGUUUCGAGUUUCGAUGAACCACAACAGAUCGAUGGCGCUGUCAGAUGGCGAAGGCGCGGUGGUAGACAUUGCACUGAUCAUGGUGGGUUACCAAGAGUACGUCUUGCAUGAGGAUCGAUCUCUGACAUUUCAAUGCAAGUUACCUGGACGGGAUCAUGUCAAGCAUAACAACUACUCAAUCUCACCCCUCAUUGUCAACCCCGGCGGCCCAGGAGCUAGUGGUGUUGAGUUCGUGAGGCAGCUCGGAUGGGCGAUUCGGAACAUCACCGGCGAUGAUCAAGAUAUAGUUGGCUUCGACCCAAGGGGAACUGGAUACACCAAGCCAACAGCUGAUUGUUACACUUUCUCACCCUCGGAUCUGCCAGUCACAGAUGCCGAAAUACUGAGAGGUGAAUAUAACAGAGUUCAAUUCAUCAUUGCCAACGAGGAGUUGGGACUUGUCAAUUCGAGUCAGGGAGCAUUGAGACAACGAGACGAAGCGAACAGAGCGGUGGCAGAGCUCUGCAAGAUGAAAGACGAGAUCGAGGGAGAUGGAAGUAUUUUGCGAUAUCUUGACGCGCAAAGUGUGGCUAGAGAUUUGCUAGCUGUAGUUGAUGCUUGGGGUAGAUGGCGCGACACUCUUUUCACGAAACAGGAUGAACUAGAGGUUGAGGGGAGCACAAAAGGUCAAUUGGUCUAUCUUGGUUACUCUUACGGGACUUGGCUGGGAGCAACAUUUGCGGCAAUGUUUCCUGAUCGUGUAGGCAGGAUGGUCCUGGAUGGUGUAGUCGACGUCGAACAAGCUCACGAGCCCUUUCCUUUGACCACGCUCAGAGACACAGACAAGGUUUACAGUCUCUUCUUCAUUUACUGCGCUCAAGCGGGGCCGGAAGUUUGUGUCUUUGCUCGAGACGGCGACUCAGUUUCUGAUCUGCGAGCUCGCGCCCGAAUGGUCAUGAACAGGUUGGAGCAAAACUCAUUAUUUGGCGUGAACACGCGGACCUACACACCAUCGAUAGUGACUUGGAGCAUGAUUCACUCUAUCACUUUUGGGACACUUUACAGCCCAGUCCUACUCUUCCCUCUCCUCGCAGCCUUCUACGAUCUGCUCUACCGAGAGGAAUACCACACGAUCCAUGCUAGUCUAUCACAGCUUCGCGACAGAACAAAGCCUUGCACAUAUUGCUCAAGUCAAUCACCUUCAUCCUUUAACGUCGGAGAUGCCGCGACAGCGAUACGAUGCUUAGACUUCCGACCUCUAAACGAUACACUCGCAGGACUGGAAGAUCACUACCACAACCUAUCUCGCAUCUCGGACUUUGCAAACGUCUUUAUGCCAGUAGGAAUGUCGUGUAAUACCUGGCCCAUCCGUCCUGCAACACCACAACUCCCUCUUUUCACCUCUUCUGCAUCCAUCAAUACUUCCUUCCCCUUGCUCUCCAUCAGUAACACCCAUGACCCAAUCACACCACUGCAAAAUGGGAUUACAAUGGCCAAACGCUUCUCGGGAGCUGGCUUCAUAGAGCAGAUGGGAGAAGGCCAUUGCAGUUUUGCUGAGAUCAGUCUUUGCACGAUUGAUAAGAUGAGGAUUUAUCUAAGACAUGGUAUUGUGCCUGCAGCUCCAAAGUACAAUGACGUAGAGGAUCUUGGGGAUGGUUUAUGGGAUAAAUGCGAGGUCGAUGAGAAACCUUGGAAGCGCUUUGAUGAUGAGGUGUCUGUGAGGAGUGAACGGGAUUCCAAUGCCGCUGCUGCAUGGAGAGAUGUUCAAGCAUAUAUGGCGAGACAGUUUUCUGAUCGGAGUUAG